AUGUCACUGCCAAUUCUUGUCAGUCUUGUCGCCCUUCAAAAUUCAUUUAUAAUUGCAAACAAAGAGAAAGAGAAACACGAGAUGGAGAAAAUAGAGCACAGGAUCAUACCUGUUAAUGGCCUCAACAUUCAUGUAGCCGAGCUUGGUCAGGGCCCAUUAGUGCUCUUCCUACAUGGCUUCCCUGAGCUUUGGUACUCAUGGCGCCACCAAAUUCAGUACUUGGCGGCUCAAGGCUACAGGGCUGUGGCGCCGGAUCUGAGGGGCUAUGGUGACACCACUGGUGCACCAGUUGAGGACCCGUCAAAAUUCACUAUUUUUCACAUGGUUGGUGACCUGAUUGCGCUCCUCGAUGUCAUCGAGCCUGACGCAGGUAAGGUGUUUGUUGUUGGGCAUGACUGGGGUGCUUCCAUAGCCUGGCACUUGUGCUUGUACAGACCUGAUAAGGUGAAGGCUUUGGUGAAUUUGGGUGUCGCUUUUUUCCCGAGAAGUCCUGAAAUGAAUCCAGUGGACAUGUUUCGCAGUCUAUAUGGGGAUGAUCACUAUAUUUGCAGAUUUCAGGAACCUGGGGAUAUAGAAGCUGAGUUUGCGCAGAUUGGCACCAAAGAAGUUCUCAAGAACUUUUUUGCAUUCCGCACUCCUGGUCCAUAUUAUUUUCCCAAAGGCAAAGGCUUCGGAAGUUCUGCUGAUAAGCCAACUUGGUUAUCAGAAGAGGAUUUGGAGUAUUACGCCAAAAAGUUUGAGCAGACUGGAUUCUCAGGAGGAGUGAAUUACUACCGUGUUUUUGGCAGGAACUGGGAACUGAAUGCGCCGUGGUCAGGGGCUCAGGUGAAUGUGCCAACAAAGUACAUCGUCGGGGAAUUAGACCCGACCUAUCAUAUACCAGGGACCAAAGAAUUUAUACACAAAGGGGGAUUCCAGAAAUACGUGCCAUUGUUGAAGGAAGUUGUUGUUAUUGAAGGUGCAGCACACUUUAUCAACCAAGAAAGGCCAGCAGAGAUCAAUCAACACAUUUAUGAUUUUCUUAAGCAGUUCUAA